AUGCCCGAGGCGGUCGGUAUCUCCAACUUACCCAAUCAGCGGUUCAAGAUCGUGUCGCAAAGCGGUGCCACCUUCACCUUAAUGGUGGCCGGAGAGUCGGGACUAGGCAAAACAACCUUUGUCAACACUCUUUUUCAAUCUACAUUGAAGCAGCACGAUGACCCCAGCGAAAGACACAACAAGUUCACCUCCACGCAUCAGACCGUGGGCGUGUCUAUUGUGCGUGCCUUGUUGGAGGAGAAAAACUUUAAGAUUCGCUUGAAUCUCAUAGACACCCCUGGUUUUGGUAACAACGUCGACAACGCAGACCUGUGGACGCCUAUUAUUGAUUUCAUUGAUGACCAGCAUGAACUGUACAUGCGCCAGGAGAAACAGCCGCUCAGAAGCGAGCGUAAAGACUUGCGUGUGCAUGCUUGUUUGUACUUCAUCCGUCCAACUGGUCACUCUUUGAAACCUUUGGACAUUGAGAUCAUGAAGAAGUUGUCGACGCGUGUUAACUUGGUGCCUGUCAUUGCCAAGGCUGACACAUUGGCACCUGCCGAGUUGGAGGCUUUCAAGGCCCGUAUUCGGGAGGUGAUCGAGGCUCAGGAUAUUAACAUCUACACUCCUCCUUUGGAUAUCGAGGAUCCUGCUUCUGCCGAGCACUCGAAGCAAUUGAUCGAGGCCAUGCCUUUUGCCAUCAUUGGCUCCGAGAGUGACGUUGAGGUCUCUCCUGGCAACUUUGUCCGUGGUAGAAAGUACCCAUGGGGUGUUGUUGAGGUCGAGAACGAACACCACUGUGACUUCAAGAAAUUGCGCUCGCUUUUAUUGCGCACAAACAUGUUGGACUUGAUUUUACUGACCAACGAGAUUCACUUUGAGACCUUCCGUUCUGUGAAGUUGGGUCUGUCUUCUGAGUCUGGAACCGCCGAAGAGUCCAGCGUCAAGAAGCCCCGCAGAUUGCACAACCCUAAGUUUAAGGAGGAAGAAGAUGACUUGAAGAAGUUCUUCACGGAGCAGGUCAAGGCGGAGGAGCAGCGCUUCAGACAAUGGGAGACCAACAUCGUCAACGAGAGAAACCGUUUGAACCAGGACUUGGAAGACAUGCAGGCUAAAUUGAAGCUGUUGGAGGAGCAAGUGAAGAAGUUACAGGUGGCCCGCAAGUAG